AUGGCGCACCCCCUACCAAUUGGGAAGCCCCGGCCGACCGCCUCUUCCUCUCCCUUCCGACCACGGCGAGCCCCCUUCCCCCUCCCUCACACCAGAUCCAGGGCAUGGAGCCAUGGGUUCAGGUGGGACCGGCAGUGGGUGGUGGUGAACGCCAAGGGCAGGGCCCUCACGCAGCGGGUGGAGCCCAGGAUGGCGCUGGUGGAGGUGGAGUUGCCGCCGCUGGCCUUCGACGAGGACUGGCAGCCCGCCCCAGACUCCUGCUUGGUUAUAAGAGCACCCGGGAUGGACACAGUGAAGGUCCCUCUUGCUACGGAACACGCCACGCUUGACGACGUCUCCAUCUGGGAGUGGUCUGGUUCUGCUUAUGAUGAAGGAGCUGAAGCAGCUGAAUGGCUCUUCGCCUAUUUCGGGAAGCCAAGUCGGCUCGUGCGGUUUAAAGAAGAGUCCGAAAUCAGGCCGACUAAUCCUGAGUAUGCUCAAGGCUACAAGAUCACCUUCACGGAUUGCUUCCCGUUCCUGAUAUCAUCCCAGGGCUCACUGGAUGCACUAAAUGAGCUUCUUAAAGAACCUGUACCAAUCAAUCGCUUCAGACCAAAUAUUUUAGUGGAUGGAUGCCACCCGUACGCAGAGGAUCUGUGGAAAACCAUAAAGAUAAACAAGCUAACAUUUGAUGGUGUGAAGUUAUGCGACCGUUGCAAGGUAAAAUUCCCAGAUCUGGUGCUGUGGUUGAGUAUGCUUGCUACUAUCCUAUCUUGAAACUUAAUUUCUGCAGUCAUUUUCUGAAAAGAAACAUGAUACUAACAGAUAGAAAAUUGCUUGCUUCUUUUCUUUCCAUCCUUUCCAUAGCUACAUAAGCAACAGGCUAAAGUCUCGGGGUGUGAAAAAUCCUC